UCUGCAUCACCUCCAGAUUGUGCGUUAUGACAUAAACAGACUUUCAUUUGAACGCAGCAUCAGUGCGCAAAAACAACCUGUUCCCAUCAUUUUUCACGCGUUUUCUCCAAUGCAUUGACAUUUGGAAUGUGCUGUUUUCUUGCAAGCGCUGUUUCCAUGCCAGCAUGGGAACUGCAGUGUCCAAAAGGAAGAAUCUGAGAAAUGAUGCGAUUUCUUCGGUGGCAGCCAAAGUUAGAGCAGCUCGUGCAUUUGGAGAGUACCUUCACACUCACCCUGAGAACCGCAACGGAUCAGAUCACUUACUCUCUGACAACUUCAUUGGCCACGACUCUGACUCCACAGAUAGCCUGAGCUCUCAGAACAACAACCUUCACACCUGCUCCCUCCAGGGCUCCACUGUCAGCUCCAACCCUAGCCUGAUCAACCCUGCCCUGGGCCACCUGGAACCUCCUCCUCCUACAACAUCCUCCAAGAGCCGCCUGUCCCUGGAACGCAGCUUCUCAGCCGAAGAGGAAGUGCAGAAGUGUGUGGAGUGUGCCCUGCAGCCUGCUCGGGUCUACACCAUCACUGGAGAGUGCGGCAUGUUGGGAACCAGCCAGGGAAGCAAGGAGAACCUCGAACUUGAGGUCUUAAAAGGAGCACAGGAGGCGUGCCAUGGCCAAACGCUUGCACAACCCUGCACCUCCUCCAACUUGUCGUCUCCAACCCAGCGCCGCCACCACCAUAUAGGUGGAAGUGGCAACCAUCACCAUGGCAACCAUCAUCAUGGCAACCACCAUUAUGGCAACCCCAGCAGCAGUGGCGCUGGUGGAAGCGGUGGAAUCAACCACACCCAGCACAUCACCAGUGGGGGAAACGGACCAGGAACGUCGCAUCAUCACCACGGAGAAACGCAGCACCACAGUCACCUUUCCCAGCCGUUACAGAGUUCAGUCAGCGCACAUAACAUCCGUGGCUGGGGCGAAGGCAAGGAUUGUGGCCUGGCGUGCGAGGCCUGUGCCGGGGUUCCGUCACGCAGCCAGGGCUCCCUGGACUUGGAGAGCAGCACCCGAGAGGCAGGCAAGCAGUGCCGGCCACCACUAGAGCGGAUGUGCAGUGUGGACCGGGUGACUGGUAUGGAGCGAGAUGACAACAGUUGGUUCCCUAAAGAGAGCAUGUUCAGCUUUCAGACUGCUACUACAACCAUGCAGGCAAAUUUCCGGAAACACUUAAGAAUGGUGGGCAGCAGAAGAAUGAAAGCACAAACAUUUGCAGAGCGCAGGGCGAAGAGUUUCAACCGAUCCUGGAGCGAUCCGACCCCUGUUAAACAAGACUCCAUUCACGACUCAAAAGACAGUGGAGAUCUACAGAUGCCCUGUUGCACUCCAGAUGAGGGUGGAUUUGAAGACCUGGACUGGGAGGAGGAGAGAGAGAUGGAGAGACUGGCGUGUGAGGGGGGCGACUUUAUACCCCCUAAAAUUAUUUUGAUAUCAUCUAAAGUCCCUAAAGCAGAAUACGUUCCCAACAUUAUUCGAAGGAAUGAUCCUUCUAUUAUACCUAUUCUCUACGAUCAUGAGCAUGCUACGUUUGACGAUAUUUUGGAGGAGAUUGAGAAGAGAUUGACGGCCUAUAGAAGAGGCUCCAAGAUCUGGCGCAUGCUGAUCUUCUGUCAGGGUGGCCCAGGGCACUUGUACCUGCUGAAAAAUAAAGUAGCCACUUUCGCUAAAGUCGAGAAAGAGGAAGACAUGAGCCAGUUUUGGAAAAGACUAAGUCGGUUUAUGAGCAAAAUUAACCCAGAGCCAAACUUGAUCCACAUCAUGGGCUGCUACGUCCUGGGCAAUCCGAAUGGAGAAAAGCUGUUCCAGAAACUGAAGAACCUGAUGAGGCCUUAUUCUGUCACAUUUGAGUCACCGCUGGAACUCUCCGCUCAGGGCAAAGAGAUGAUUGAAAUGUACUUUGACUUCCGUCUAUUUCGACUCUGGAAGACAAGGCAGCACUCAAAACUCCUCGACUAUGAAGAUCUGUUGUGACCCUAUGUAGCUCAGAGUGUAGCAUUGCGGGCAGAACGUCCCACUGUAAAACUCCACCAAACCAGCUUUAAUUUUGAAGGAGAGGAACAGAAGGACAACGAGAGCAGACAAACAGCCACUUCGCUGCUUUUGUUGUGUCCCAACUAUUGUUUAUCAACUCUCUGUGGCGGAGUUAGACACCUUCCAAAUGGUAACACACAAGAGACGAAAACAAGCAAAUACAACAGAUGGCAAUUGUACUAAAACAAAAGUGAAGAUGAAAAAUAGGACAUGUUUUGAUUCUGUAAAAUAGUUUUUUCUUGUUGACAAACAGUUGUCAACUUGUUAAAAAAAAACAGUUGUCAAUUUGUUAAAAAAAACAGUUGUCAACUUGUCAUUUUUUAAGUAACAUAUUGCUCGCAGCGAUCACUAGCUGUCGAUCACAAGCAGAGACUGUUGUGUUUACGAAAGAGUCAUGCGUGCAAUAUCAGGCUGCUUUUAACGAAACGUAUAAGAAAACACAGAAAUGGUCAUAUAUGAACUAACAAUAUAUCAGUAUACUUACAGGAUAUACAUUUUAUGAGUAUAUAGAGUAACUAUAGUCAUGCAAAUAAUCUAAAUGUCAAUAGUACACAAUUUACUUUUUCAGUGUAUAUUGUCGUGGUCUUUCUAAUGAACUAUUUUGAAUAACUCAGGUUUUAGCCUUUACAACCAUAUUCAUUAUUCCCCUAACCAGAUGUGUUUUGAAGUUGCCACUCAACGUUUUGGAAAGAAUGUCCAUACUGCUGAUAUACGUAUAUGUGAUACAUUUAUUGCAUUUUGCUUUUGGCUUACCAUAACAUGGCAUUAUAUGGAGACAUUAUGGAAUUUGUUUAAAUAUAUAUCCUUAUGUUGGUCUUUGUGUGCAGAACAGUUUGGCUGUUUUCACUCUUAGAUUUGCUCAAUUGCUUUGUCAAAACCUGUUAGAUUCAGGUUUGAUUCAAUCUCCCUCCCCCUGACCCCGCAGGUAUCUUUUUACAUGUAUUCGGGUCGACACCACGUUCCAAUGUGAAAACAUCCUUACUUUUCUGUAGUUCUCCUUUUCAUUGCCGGCAAUUGGUGUGGUUGGUCAUGAACAGGCAUUAUUUUGAAGGUCACUGUUACCUUAUGGGGCAGGAUUGUAUUUGACAUCCAUUCACAGAUAAUAGAACGAAGUGUUACAUUUAAUGCAGCUUGCAAGUGUAAACUCUAUGCAUUCCUCUUCUUUCAUUUGUAGCUUUUAAAGGUUUUGAGCAACUGGCAUUUUUUAUGUUUAUGAAUGUUCUAAUAUGCUCAGCUAAUAAGCCAUACACUCUUUAGCUAGCAAGCUGCUUAGUCUGAGGGGGUCUUUGAUGUCGAUGACUUCAGGCGUUCAUGAAAGAGCUGGUUAAAUGAUGUCUUUUUCACAUAAUCUCUUCUCUUGUUUAACACACACCCAUGAUGCAAAUCGGCUAAUACAUAUUGUUCUGGCAACAUUUAAAGGAAUAAUUCACCCAAAAAUGAAAACUCUCUCAUCAUUUACUCAUCCUCAUGCCAUCCCAGAUGAAUAUGACUUUCAUGUUUUUGUAGAAUGAGAGUGAAACAUUUAAGAAGAAUAUGUCAGCUCUGUAGGUCCAUACAAUGCAAGUGAAUGAUGGCCAGAGCUUUGAAGCACCAAAAAGCACAUAAAGGCAGCAUAAAGGUGAUCCAUACGACUCCAGUGAUUAAAUCCAUGUCUUCUAAAAAUCUUUAUUUGUGUUCUGCUGAAGAAAGAACUGGGAUGGCAUGAGAGAACGUAAAUGGUAAUAGAAAUAAUAUUUUUGGGUGAAUCAUUCCUUUAUUUGACAGAUUGGGGUCUUAGCCCCACCAUAUAAUUAAACCAGUCAGGUAUGUUGCCGAGACGUUUGACAAGACCUCACAUACUUAUGAGCAGCAUCCCAGAUAUUCUUAUUUAAAACAUCAUAUUUGUGUACAAACGUCUGAUAAACAUCUUAAAGGAAUGAAGCAUGGCUGCAGAAGACUUGGAAUAUAUCACAAUAGACCUUAUUCACGCUAGCACCAUCUUUGAUUUUUAAUGGGAAUGACAACGAGGCAAUGGGCUGUACUGCAGUUUAGAGUGUUUCUGGAUCAUUCCGCAGACAAAUCAUUAAUAAAAUAUCUGUCCAAGAACAUUCAGUAUACAAAGAACUAAUGACAACAUGAGUUGUGGAAAAUCAGAUGUGAUCUUUAUACCAUUAAAUCUUUAUACCUCACAGCCGUGUUGGCAUUCCCAUUAAAAAUGAAAGAUGGCUAGCGUGACUAAGGUUUAUAGUCUUUUAUGAUCCUUUUUGCGCUUGACAGUGUCACUGAGUCACCAUUCACUUUCAUUAUAUGGAAAUGAACAGCCAGGACAUUAUUAAAACAUUCCCGUUGUGUUGUACAGAAGAGAGAAAGUCAUAAGUAUAUGGAAUAACAUGAGGGUAAAGAAAUAAUGCCAGAAUUGACAUUUUUGAGAGAACUGUCCUUUAAAAUGAGCAGAUUCACAUCAAUUCUUAAUCAAAAAUAUUGCAAAAACUUGUGCUGAAUGUCAUUCUAACACCCAACAGGGAUGAAAAUGCACACAUCAGAUGUAUUUGUAACAUACAUGCACUAUCAACGUCAAUACUAGUCAUGUAAUGCCCCUUUAGUCUUUGUGACUGCAAGGUUCCCAUAACUGUGUAGUGAAUACUUGGAGUGUGUCUGGAUAUAUAUGUUUUACUGUCAUCAGUUUCAUUGGCUCUCUCUCUCUCUUUGGCUAAAUGAGGUCCUGGUGGUCCGUGCGGUCAAAGCUCUCCAGUUCUCUACCAAAAGGGCUGCACCCCGGCCAGAAAAUAGGCUGUAAAUGAAUCGGGCUGAUUCCACAGCGAUUUCAGUCAUUAAGGGGCCAUCUGUGACUCGCAGUAGGUGUCAGAGAGACGUCCAUGUCUGUGGCAAAGAGAGAGAGAGAGAUCAAAUAUUUAUGGAGAGAGAAUCCAUAUUCACCAUAUUACAGAUGGCAGUAUCACACUAGCAGGAACAUUUGGCUGUGAGAGUUCAAGCGUGUUAUAUCGGGACAUCCAACUUGAACACAAUGCAGAUGGCAAAUGGUGACCAGUUAGACCGUUUAGUUCAUAUUCAUCAUUCAUUCAUCAUCAUUUUACCACUCAUAUUGCAUUGUACAACUUUUUUGUUCAUGGGAGUCAUGGUCAAGUGAGUGAGUUUAUUUAUUUAUUUGCUUUUUAACUGGAUACUCCAAGAUAGUGUUUUAAAGCUCUUUGUCAAUGUAUCAAUAUAUGUACUGUAACUACUUUAUUAUUUAAAAUA